GUAUUUGUUAAUAUGUAGGAAGCAGAUCCUUGAAGGCAUUGGGCAUAAGCAGAAGUAGCUGACGUAUUCUUGGUUGUUGCAACAUAUCACUUAGUUAUCUGUAACCAUCAAUCCUGUGUAGCUCUUUGAUCUGUGCAUGUGACCCUGUUACCUCUGCCCUGUUCUUUACAGAGAGGUGCUGCAAUGGCUGCUGCUGCAGUGUCUGGUCUUGUGACUGUUUUGGAAUCUUACAGAGGGAGAGACAGAGUGAUCAGAACACUAUGUUACAGCUGUCAGCUUCUGGGUGGGGUAAUGUCAAACAAAAGUAAAACGGAGCACAACUGGGGAAAGAGUCUUCUCAUUGUGUCAUCGCAGCUCAGCCACUGCCGGACGGUUUUACGGCUGUUUGAUGAUCUUGCCAUGCUUGCGUAUUCUGUAAAGUAUGGCUUUGGAAAAAAGGAGAAAGACUCGCUCAUCAGGUGGAUCUCGAUCUUCAGUAACAUAUCUGAUCAGCUCUAUUACCCUUGUGAGCACAUAGCAUGGGCUGCAGACUCUGGAGUCAUUCAUGCAAAGUCUGAAAUGUGGUGGAUGGCGAGCACAGCACUUUGGGGAAUUUCUCUCAUCCUAGGAAUUGUGAAGUCACUGAGAAAUUUAAUGAUGCUAAGAAGAUACAAGGGAAAAAAUUCAAAGGAGGAGCCUCCCAAAAGCCGUGGGGAAAUAAAAUCUCAGAUAAGAUCAGAGGUUUUAUGUAUCAUCAGUUGCCUCUCUGAUUUGGUCAACGCCAUUCAUUGGAUGCCUUCCGGAUUUCUCUGGGGUGGGUCCUCUCCGACAUGGUUGGUGGGUUUGAUGGGGACGAUUUCAUCACUGAUAGGUAUCUACCAGACCACUGAGGGGGGGAGCGCAGGAGGUGUCUGAAACUUUAAAGAAGAAAAACAAUUUCAGGGUACUUAAUGAGCAUCUAGUGCUAUAUUUUUACACUGGUCAGUAAUGCAGAACAAUUAUGUCUUUCAGUAUUGCCUUGGUGUAUUCAGUAUCAUUAGUACAAUGCUAAUUUCACAUGUGAUGUUUUAUCAUACAGGGAAGUACCACUAAAAGCAAAGGGAAAGUUGCUUUGAAUACAAUUGUAGGUAAACAUCUACAAAUCAAGACAAGUCAUAGUAACAAAGGAUCUUAGUGUGAAUGUACUAUGUAAUAGACAACCAAUCUGCCCUUUAGUAUAUCUCAGGCUAGAACUAUCUGACUUGUUUCAAAGUCAGAAAAAUGAAUGUAAACAAUAUAAACAAAUGCCUUUAAUUCUACAUCAGUUCUUUGAUGCAGCAGUCUUAUCUGACUGUAUAGAAUCUUCUCAUUAAACUGCAUUGAAUGUCAGAUGUAAAUAAAAACAAGUAAAUAUAUGACACAUGUAGGUUCAGCUAUUACACCUUCCCAUAGAUCGCUGCAAGACAUGGUUUUAUGGGAUAGACCAAUCUUUCUGACCAAAGUUCAGUGUGUAGUUGUGCCCUAAUCAUUAUUAAAUUGAUUUUGUCAGUGUUUGCUUUUUUAUUGGUAGAUAAUACUGAAGUAAUGUCGCAUAGCACUAAUGGAAAAAUGCUUGGUGUCCAGUUGUAAUAUAAAGUUUUAACUAGCACCCAUGGAUUCCAUUAAUGAAGAAAAUACUGAUGAAUUUAGUAGUAUCAGUACUAUUGAUUUAACUGCAAUACUUAAAAUCUCUCGUGGUUUAUAUACCUUAAUCUGUAUACAGUAUAUGAGGCCUCAAAUAUAAAUGGUUGAAUUGAAUUUUUCUGCAAGUGAAAUACCUAUGCUGUCUUCACAUGCUCCUUACAGUGAGCAGGUUCAACCUGCUGAUGUACGUAAUUGCACACAUGAAUGCAAAAGAACCCUGGAAUGUACAUUAGUGGUUCAAUGGUACCCUUAGCUACUUGCAUAUCGUGAAUUGGUUGCUAAUGAUGCUGUUGACACCAUGAUCCAGAAGUAAUGGAAUUUGCACAGAAAUGCAGCAAAUAAAACAUGCACAGCACGCACUUUAACGUGGGCACUGAUUUGCAUCCAAUUUGAACACAAAUUAUGGCAGAGGCUACUGAGCAGGUGUCAUUAACACAAUGGAAUUCUUGGGGAAAUGAUGCAUAUUGGGUAAACUAUGGCUGUUUGGAAUCUCAUUAUGCAGAAGUAAUAAUAAAACAGAAACUUGUGCACUACCUGACCUGCAUCAGUCCAUUUUGGUGGCGCAACAAAUCUGUUGUUUUUUUUUUUAAAUGGGUUUUAGUAGCCUUAAGACUUUGGGGUACAAUUAUCAAAGAGUUAAUUUAAAGAUCACGACAGUCCACUAGAGUGAAUUUCCGCCACUCUCAAUUCAUUUCUAUGGGAUUUUUAAAAGACUAUUUAUCAAAGGGUGAAAGUGAUAGUUCAUUCUUUGAUAAAUACGCCUUUCAAAAUCCCA